AUGAAAAGAUUUUCUCCUGUCCUCAACAUUGCCAGUGGAGUAGCUGUCGGUGAAGCAACCUUUCCAAUUUGGAGGGAACACUUCAAGACCUUGCUGAACCGGCAAGCACCGUCAGUUCCAGAACUCGAGCACGUUCAUAGGCCGACAUAUGCGGUUAACGAGGAGCCACCAACUGAGUUGGAGGUUCUAGCCUGUAUUCAAAAAAUGAAGAAUGGAAAAUCUGGUGGAGACGACGGGAUUAGCGCAGAAAUGCUGAAAUAUCUUCCUAAGUCUGGGAUUCGUGAGAUGACAAGGAUCAUCCGUUCAACAUGGAUAGACGAAAGGACACCUGAUUCGUGGAGACACGCUAUCAUAAUUCCCCUCCAUAAGAAUUUAUCCGUCAUGGAUCCUAGGAAUUAUCGAGGAAUCUCUUUGCUGCGUGUUAUGUGCAGGUGUUAUGUACCGACUCAUUAA